UUGAACAAACCAUAGUUGACGGGACUUGUAGCUGUGAGGCGACUAGUUUUAAUGAUGAAAACUGAAGUUAGUUGAUGAUGAAUUAAGUGUGAUUAGCAGGAGUAGUUCGGACUCUCAGCUCCUCUAAAUGGACCCGCUCCACAGAGCUCUGCUGCGGACAUACCGGCUGGAGCUGUCCGGGCAGCUGCUGGUCAGUGACACCAUCGUUCCGUUCCUGUACCAGGAGAACAUUUUAACGGAGGCUCAGGUGGAGGACGUCGAGUCUCAGCCCACCAACAGACAGAAGUGUCUGAAGCUGCUGGACAUCCUGCCGAGCCGCGGGCCCCGGGCCUUUGACUCGUUCCUGCGGUCUCUGGAGGAGUUCAGCUGGGUCAGAGACAAACUGCUGCUGGAGCUGCAGACACCUGGACCUGGACCUGGAGCCAGCUCAACAGACGUCUGGCGGGUUCCCGGCUCGGUUCUCCAGAAGGUUCCUUCGGAUCGGGACUUGUCCCGGCUGGCGUCUCGGCUCGGCUCUGAGUGGGAGGCGGUCCUGAUGGAUUUGGGUCUGUCUGUGGAGGAUCUGUUCCGGUGUCGGUCCGAUCACCAGCUCAGUACUCACGGGGCGGUCCUGGCUGGUCUGGUUCAGUGGAGACGAUGUGAAGGGAAGAAAGCGACAGUGCAGAGGCUGAUGCAGAGUCUGCAGGCUGCUGACGUCCAUCCGUCCGUCCUGGAGUUCCUGAGGAUCAGCUUUCUGUGUCCAGGCUUUUAAGGUGGACUGACGAGAUGUGAGAGCAGCACUGGAGCUGAACUGUUUAUUUGUUUUUGUCUCAAAAUUCAAACACUUUGUGAAUUUCAGUGACUUUUUUGAUGAAGAGUUUGUAAAAGUUCAAAUUUAACUAAAGAAAAUAAAGUUUAAAGUUAAAUAUCC